UCUCGCCAGAUCCACCCUCCAGCAAGCCCAUCCUUCACCAAGCACCCACCUCGUCAGACCAUGUCUGCCGCCACCGAGCAGGCCCCGAGCACCACCAUCAACGGCGACACGGCCCACGAGACUGCCCUCCACCGUGUCACGGGCUACCCUCUCGUCAAGGACACGCUCUCGACCGCGCACGCCUACGUCGAGGAGCGCCCUUACCUCUCGUCGCUCUACGCCCGCGCCGAGCAGCUCUCGCUCGCCAUCCUGCACCGCCUCGAGCCCCUCCAGAAGCGCCUCAUCCCGCUCGACCAGGUCGACAGCUACGCCAACGCCGGCCUCGACUACCUCGAGAAGCGCGUGCCCCAGGUCAAGCUCGAGACCAACGAGCUCCUCGGCCAGGCGCGCAAGCCCGCCGACGCCGCCUACGGCCUCGCGCAGGACUACAACAAGGCCUUCCAGCAGCGCUUCUCGCCUCUCGCCGAACCGGUGUACCAGCGCCUCGCCGACGGCCGUGCGACCCUCGUCAGCCUCCAGGACCGCCUCGCCAAGACGAUCGCCGACUUCCCUCACGACAAGCAGUCGCUCCAGUCGACGCUCGACUCGCUCUCGAACGAGCUCGAGGCGUACGUCGACACGGCCAAGUCGCUCCCGUCGCACGCCCAGGAGACGGCCAAGCCGUACCUCGCGGCGGCGCAGGACGUCCUCGGCGACGUGACCAAGGAGCUGCAGCGCACCGACGUCCCGCUCGGCACCAAGGCGUCGAACGUGCUCCACUACUCGCAGGACAAGCUCGCGCCCGUCCUCGACUACUUCAAGACGUUCGUCGUCAAGAAGAAGGACGAGGCGAGCGACAAGGUCGACGAGGUCAAGGACAAGGCGGACGAGGCGUCCUCGUCGUCCUCGUCGUCGGCGUGAGCGACCCUCGGUGGUCUCGGUCGUUCCUCUAGAUGCCUCGUUCCUCGCGCUUUCGCCUUUCGUCCUCUCUCGUCUCCGUCGUACCGUCUGUGCCCCCCUCUCUCUCUCCCUUCCUCGCGCCACUCCAUGUCCAUGCCUCUCUCCCCCCCCUCCUUUGCGCGAUACCCGUUCCCUCGUCCCUCUAGCUCCUCCCCCUUUUAGUAGUCCCUCGCUUGCCCCUGCAAUCUCUCUUUCUCUCU